UUCCCGUGCAAACGCUGGCUGGCGAAAGAUAAAGAUGAUGGACUGACGGCUCGUAUUCUUACUCUUAAUGAUGGUGAUCAAAUUUCUUACAAACCAUUUAUUCUUUAUGAGAUCACUGUAUUUACUGGUGACAUAAAGGAUGCUGGUAUUGAUGGUGAUGUCACUAUGACCAUGUAUGGCAGUGAGGGCGCCACGUCCGAAGUGAAACUUGAGAAGGGAGACGAAAUGUUUGAACGAAAUGGAACUGACUUAUUUCGAAUGGAACUGGAAGAUGUUGGUAAAUUGUGUAAGCUGAGGAUUGGUCAUAAGGGGAAAGGAAACAGAAAUGAAUGGUUCUUAGAUAAGGUUAUAGUUCGAAAUGAUUUCACAGGUUCUGUUAGUGUAUUUAAAUGUAAUUCUUGGCUAACUCCUGGAGAUUUGGUCAAAGAACUACCUGCUAUUACUGACGGAGAGAAAAAAGUCGAAAAGACGUCAUAUAAACUAAAUGUAAUAACGGGUGAUGUUGGUGGCGCAGGGACAGAUGCAAAUGUUUGUAUCAUAAUCUUUGGUGAACAUGGCGACUCAGGUGAAAUAGCUCUGAAAAAGUCUGAAACUUACAAAGAUAAGUUCGAACGAGGUCAUACUGAUGUCUUUUUACUCCAGGACAUACUAAGUUUGGGUGAACUAAUUAAAGUACGAAUAUGGCAUGAUAACAAGUUCCCAAAAGCUAGUUGGUAUUUAGAAAGAAUAAAUAUUGAAGAUGAAACAACAAAGAAAUUUUAUGAAUUUCCCUGUGAUCGUUGGCUAGGCAAGGACAAAGAUGACGGUAGUUUAGUUCGAGAAUUGGCAUGUGCUAAUAGAGAUGAAGCUACCGACUCUCCAGUUGCUGCAUUUGAAAUAACCCUUUUGACGAGUGAUAGACAGAAUGCAGGUACCAAUCAGAACGCGUCCAUCGUCUUAGUUGGGGAAAAGAGGAAAUCGCAGGUUCUUCACAUUGAAAACAAUUCGAAAAAUAAACUUCUCAGACGUGGAAACACUAACACAUUUAAAUUUGUAACCAAACCUCUGGGAAAUCUCAUUGAAGUUAUUAUUGGACAUCACCCAAAGCUUGGAGCAAAACUUUCUGAGAAAGAAACAUCAUGGUAUUUACAUGAAGUAGUGGUAAAAAACACUGACACCGGUGAAAGAUUUGUAUUUCCUUGCCGUCAAUGGAUACCACUUUCUUCAAGCAAAGAUGACAGAGUUAUAUUGGAGUGUAAAACAGCUGAACGAUCAAGGCUAUCUGUAAAACGAGAGCUUCAAGCCAUGAAGUACGAGGUGGCAGUUUUUACCGCUGACGUUCUUCAUGCGGGCACCGAUGCUAAUGUUACAAUUGUGAUAUACGGAGAAAAUGGUGAUACUGGUCCACGGAGGUUAUCGAAAAAAAUAGUGAAUUUAUUUGAGCGUGGUCAAAAGGAUUGCUUUAUUAUUGAAGCACUAGAUUUAGGUCAACUAAAGAGAUUACGUAUUGAACAUGAUAAUAAAGGACUUGGAGCUGGUUGGAUGCUUGAUAAAGUAGAAAUCACCAACUUAGAAAGUUCUGAAGUUACGAUUUUUCCGUGUAAUCAAUGGUUUGAUAAGAAAAAAGGUGAUGGUUUGAUUUCUCGAGAACUCUUUCCCACAAAUGCUACAUGAAGUACUCGAUUUUGCUGUCUGUUAUUCUUCUAAUUAUUUAUUCUGGCAUUAUGUCAGCCAUAUAAGGGACCCUUUGAUGUGCAAAUUCUUUAUGGCUAUGGUUUACCAUUUCAUCUUUCUUGUUCGUUAAAAAGGCAAUAGACUGGCUGCCAUGAUGAUAAUCGUGUAACAUGCAAUCAUAUAAUCACUUUUUGUUUCAUUUCAAAUCACCGUAUUUCUUCGCCUCCCUCUAGUAAACGCCCCGGCGUUUAUUAAAAUGACUGCCAAAGAAACUCUUCGACGAAGUUAAAUUUUCUAUUGUAAUAAUUUUUGUAAAUAUUUUUAAUCAAUAAAUGUCAUUUUAAAGAUUUA